ACCACCGCGUGCAGAAAAGCCACUCGCUCCCUCAGAGGCAGCAGAGCCACCUGGAUGACGGUUACGCACAGGAGGACGUACGGCACAGGACGAGCCGGCAUCAGAAGGAGCGCACCAAGUCCUCCAGGUCCAAACACCCCCAUCAUCACCACGACUCCUCCAGAGGUGAGCCGCCUCAGCAGCAAGGCGGCUCCCGGCAGGAGAAGAGGAGCUCUCCGACUCCAUCCUACCCGAAACAGGAGGACGAGGCGGCUCUCUUCUUCGAGCCGAGAGAGAGAGUGAUCACCGGGUCCUCCUCCAGCCUCAGCUCGGACCCUCCUGCGACCAGCGCACCUGUGCAGCAGCCCUCCUCCUCCUCCUCCAGACGCAAAGGAAAGAGAAUGAGCGCGACCCUGUCUGAGUAUGACGCCAGUCUGCACCCCAUAGUCAAGUCUGUCUUUGGGCAGGACCGGAAGAAGAACUACAAAGCAGUGCAGUCCUGUGAGGAGGGGGGCUCUGGGGGGGCCUAUCUAGAGCCGCUAGUAGCCCUGGCCCAGAAUGGAGCCAACAUGCACAACGUGCUGGGGCCUGCGUGCAUCUUUCUACGAAAGGGCUUCGCUGAGAGCCGGCAGGCUGACCGAGAGCUGAGACCAGAAGAGCUGGAUGAGCUGCGUGAGGCAUUCAAAGAGUUCGACAAAGACAAAGAUGGGUUUAUUGGCUGUAAAGACCUGGGCAACUGCAUGAGAACUAUGGGCUACAUGCCAACAGAGAUGGAGCUGAUUGAACUGAGCCAGCAGAUCAACAUGAACUUGGGAGGACAUGUCGACUUUGAGGACUUUGUAGAACUCAUGGGGCCCAAACUUCUGGCUGAGACGGCAGAUAUGAUAGGAGUGAAAGAGCUGAGGGAUGCAUUUAAGGAGUUUGAUACUAAUGGUGACGGAAAGAUCAGCACAGCCGAACUCAGAGAAGCCAUGAAAAAACUUUUAGGACAACAGGUCGGACACAGAGACCUGGAGGACAUCCUUAGGGACAUCGACCUUAACGGAGAUGGCCACGUGGACUUUGAAGAAUUUGUGCGGAUGAUGUCUCGAUGAACACCCUGACAGAGAGCCAACAGGAUGAAAACAACAAAUGGAUUCUCAAUAUGGUUGAAGCGAGAGGAAGAGGAGAGAGAGAGAGCACAGAGCCCUGAUGGAUCCUGAACUUCUGAACUGUCAGUGAGCAAGAAAAUAAAAACAUAUCAACCCUGCCCUGAAACUGCCUCGCUGAAGCACAAAGGCUGAAGACUACAGCCGGGAGCAACACUGUUGAUUAUAUGCAGCUGCUGUUUCUUCGAGCGUAAACAAAACCAACAGCUGCAUUUCUGACUUUUACAAAGUAUAUUUUAAAAAAAGAACAUUUCCUUAAGAAAUAAAAACAUUUCUGAUGCUGAUGUGGCUGUUGACUCCAUGGGUAGGGUGUUAUUGAACUCAAAAGAAUAAAUAUCGACUGUAGCAAUUAACAAAGCAUAUUUCAAACAACAUAAUGCCAGCAAACAGCCAAACCAAUACAGCACAUUUUUUAAUGCAGAGGACAUCUUAAGCACAAAAACAAUACUAUGGCAAUAAGAUAACAUUUCAUGUGAUCAUGUCAAAGCUGUGUGUUUGUGUUUCUGUGCAAUCUGCUGUUUCUCUUCACCCUUUACUAUAAAUGUAUGAUGUCCUUUAAGACUACUGUCUAACCCUGGUUAAGAAAAGCCAAUAUUUGUUUUGCAUUAAUGUGUAAUGUAGCACUAAGAACUUCUUAAUAACAUUAUGCCUAUCUUACUGUGACUUACAUGUCAUUUUUCAGUGUGCAUAAAACUCCUUCAUGUGAAAAACUCUUGAAGGAUUUCUCUCUCUGUGUACAGUCGGUUGCAAAUUUUGACUACUGUGAAAGGCCUUUUUUGAUUACAUGUGUGUUUUUGCUAAUUCUGACUAUUAUUUGCAUGAAUACUCUCACUGGUAAAUGAUCAAAUGGAAGGUUAAAGCUGCAUAUGAAAGAGAGAUGCUGUUAAUGCUUUUAUUUUUCACCAGAGCUUUGAUAAAUGUAUUUAUUUGUUGGGGUUUUGUGAGUUUAUUUAGUUUACAAAACAGUCCAGACUUAACUUCGGUGCAACGAUUCAAUAUUGAACUUAAUUACCUCAAAAUGAAACGAACAAUCAACCUCAUCCAUAAAAUCUCCUUGCAUAAUAUAAAAAAAAACUUUAACACCUUCAUUUUGUUUGUCAAGUAGCAGUGUAUCACCUGUUUUAUGCAAAAAAGCCAAAGAAAGUUUACAAGAUAUUAUCUGAGUCUUAUUUAGAGUAAUAAGUGUAUACAGAAGUGUACAAUAUGAUCCUUGAAUGGAUUAUCUCUUUAAAACUACUACUUGAAAUGCAAGUUGGUUUUCAAAGGCAGCAAAAUUCUAGGUUGUUUGUUCAAAAGUGGACAUGGAGGUAUAUGCAUGCUCUAAAGUUAAGAUAUUCCUCAUAAGGGAAAUCUUACUUUGUGAUUUUGCGUGUCUUAACUGUG